CCUGAUUAGUUGUUUCGAAAAUGCUCAUUCUGGCGCCAGAGUUACCUACACUGCUACAUUACAUUUUCCGCCUUGUGUGCAAAUCAAACACUGACCGAUCAAAAUAAUGCCCCCUGUUACCAUCAAACGUGCUAUAGUGGAGACACUGGAGGAUCUGAAAAAGGAGGAUUUUGACAAAUUUUGUGCCCAGCUGAGGGACCGAAGGGAAGAGCCGCGGGUCAGCUAUCGAGCUGUGGAGGGAAAGACACCAUGGCAGAUCGCUGACGUCUUGGUUUCAAAUUUCACGGAAGAAAAAGCUUUACUGGUAACUCUGGAAUUACUGAGACAGAUCAAGUGCAACGAGGAGGCAAAGACCCUGGGUGAGAAAACAACAAAUUCGAGUUACAGAUACCGUUUUUUGGGGGAGCGGGGGGCAGUCAUAUUUUUUUUGAGCGUUACCUGUAUUUAUUGUUUUGAGUAAGUGAGUGGAUCGGUGCCAGGGUUUACCACUGAUAAAAACAAAAAAGCCUCCAUGUCAUGAACAUUUCAGAGGCUUAGCCCUCCUUAAAUCGCUCCUAAAUUCAAGUGAUAGUGGAGAGUGUGAGCUUCUCUGCUCAUCUGAAAAAUUAACCACAAAUAUUUUUUUCUCUUUCGCUCACUCAUUGGCAUGCCCUGGUUGCUAACUUUGGGGCUCACCCAAGUAGUGAUCAAUAAAAUGAAGUCACAGUUCAUGAAGGUUUACUCAGUGAUGUUUACUGGUCAUCUUUUGGUGAUAGAGACUUGGUAGAGAUUAAAUUGUCCCUUUUCUUUCACAAGAGCUCAAGAUUCCGUUUAAAGCAGUGAUAGUUCCUUUAGCAGCUCAGUGGUCUUGAAUAUUAUUUUUGGAAUCUUUAUAAAAUUUUCACCAUCCCUCUUUUCUUCCUCUGUAGAGUCAAAGACCAGCACCUGUGUGUGCGUAAGUGCAACCUCACAAUGUAAUAUAAAUAUUAACAGUAACGUUAGGAAGUGUUAUGAAAGGUGCUCACUUGAAUUGUUUGUUUUCGUUCUAUUCUUCUCACAUAGAAAGGUGACUCUACCCUUCAUAGGAGAUUGACCAGGGAGCUGAACCUAAAGACCCCAGAGGAGGCUCUGAAACAUGCACCACACCAUCCCCUACAGGCUGCUGGACAAGGAGGUCCUCGGAAAAGGAAGUUGACGGCUGAAGAAAAGGCUUGUGUUUUCUCUGAUGGUGGGAACCCCGGGAGAGAGAGGCUUAGAUUUGGCAAGUAUAAAGGUAAAACCUUUAAAUGGCUGCUGAAGAAUGACGCUGCCCACAUUGUAGCUAGCCACAGGAUGGAGAAGGAGUCAACUCUACAACAGGGCCGAUGGACAGCCAACAAGGUACUGUUUGUGAAUUCCUAAAGUUUCAUUUAUGUGAUAUUUGCAAUUUCAAAGGUCUUCUCAUCCAAGCCAAAACGUUUCACCAAUCUCAGGAUUUCCUCUUUCUGGUAAUAGAGUCUUUCAGGAAAGAAUGAGCCCAACCUCUUAUGCAAAGAUAUCGAAAAUGAAACUUACAAAUCUAUGUGCAGUAAACAUUCUCCUUUGAAUGCCGAUUUUUUUUUUUUUUUUUUUUUUUGUCUUGCACCUGCACCCACCGUGGGCUGUGUGUGAACACUUUAAACCGCAUUUGUGACUUCAAAAGUUUGAUAUGUGGAGUGGAUGUUUUUGUAGAGAAACUGUUAACAAAAUUGCCCCUGUGAUGAGAAUUGCAGGAAUUGUUUGAAUGAUCAAAACUUCUUUACAUCUGAAGGAUUCUUUGACCAAGUAUGCAGAGGCUUACCCUAAGGUCAUGGAAGAAGUCAAAUUCAAAUGUGCAGGAGAAGCACCUGUUGGGUUUGGUAAGAACAAAAAAGAACUGUUGAAGAACCUCUACGAGUCUAAGGACGAGGACAAAAUCAGGUACAGUAGAAAGCAAGUGCUUUGGAAUCUUAGUUCAGGUUAACCUGCAGACAUUUAAAACCAUCUCGGUAUUCUGCUCUUUGUACAAAGCUAUGUCGACUACCUCCGAACCAUGAAGUCAACCUGCACCGAGGGGUCCAGAAUGGAGAAGGCCAUCCAAUACAUACUGUGGCGUGACCAAGGGCCUUAUCCAAAUUACCAGAGGACAGCCAAAACGGACCACAAAGUCAAAGAAGAGCCACCAAUGAGACAAAGGCAGGGACAACAGAGAUUAUGAUGAAGGCAAAGGUUAAAACAAAAGAGAGAAAACAGACUGCUUUAAACUGACUUUACACUAACACUUCAUCUGACUACACAAUAUGCAUGUUGAUGUCAAAGUGACCUUUUGUUCGCCUGUUCCAUCAAACAGUUUCAAACAGAGAAGAGUGUGCAGAAGUGUGUUUUAUAACUUUUAAUAUAAAGGCAAAAUCCAGAGGAAUGGAGUGAAAGUCUUCACACAAAUCUGUAUAUACACUCUAUUUACAAAAAUAAUAAUGUGGAGACAUGUUGAAACCUUCACAGUGAAUUUCUGAAAAUCAUCUCAGUUCAUGUGAUUCUCAACGGCAAAAGAGGUAGACAUGAGUUUUGUAUAAAAAAUAUAUAUGCACAAAACUCUACAAAACCACUUUAUGAACACUAUUUACAAAAUGAUUUCCCUUUUGAACAAAAGAGUAACAGUAACAAAGUAACAGCCCCAUAAACAGUAAAAAAGAAAAAAAAAAACCAUACAAUUAAUAGUGCUUCAAAUGCUUCCUGCUGGUUCCUGUGCUGGAGUUUUACUACCCUGAAGUCAAGCUAUAAACUAUGGAAAAGGUAUUUUUAAUGACUUAAAUCACAAUUUAGAUGACUACUUAAAUAAAUGCAACAUUUUCACCAAAGACGAGAAGCUAAAAUGCUGUUAAAGUUUUAUGUGUUAACUGCUUAUGAUAGCUGUUGUAAAUGUAUCAAAUUAGGUCUCUUUGGGUUUAAACUAUUUACUGUCUUUGUUUCCUGUAAUCAAUAAAGAAGAAAUUUAUCUGAC